GUCAGUGGUUGACCAAUGGUUUUACGAUAGUUAUUACCUAAAAAGACACGAGUUGGGGUUGGGGAUUUAGCUCAGUGGUAGAGUGCUUGCCUAGCAAGCACAAGGCCCUGGGUUCGGUCCCCAGCUCCGAAAAAAGAAAAAAAAAGACACGAGUUGUCUCUCUCUUAUCCAAAUACAAACAUUAAAAUGCCCAGAGAGAAGGCUAGGUAAUAUCUCGUACGUAGUACUGAAAUUUCCCAUAUGCCCCUCAGAAAUACUGUCUUUAGCAAACUCACUAGCUAUGUCUGAGGGAACAGUGUCUAUUUGUUUCACGUGUAUAUAUACAUAUGUGUGUGUUUGUUCAUAUAUGUAUGCAGACUACACAUUUCCUUUUGGCAUCACUCAGGAUGUGGAGCCUGGUGGGCCUCUUGAAUAGAGUCACCUCUUCCUGACCUUUGCCCUUCAGAAGAAUGCUUGGGGUCACAGGAACAUGUGUUCUAUGGCUUUGUGCUCCCAAUUUGGAACUCACCUUCAUGUUUCUCUCACAGAUGCACACUCUCUUAGUUGCAACUUGAUCAUCAGGUCUCCUACCAAAGCAGAACCUCUCCGGUAUGAAGGACACUGUUCAAUGGAUGAAAUUGUUUUCCUUUCUUUUAAUAACGUGAACAAGACCAUGCCUUUGGGUAACCAGGAGAAGAUGGCAAAUGCCACCAAAGUGCAGAAAUGUUUGACCCAGUGGAUAGACCUAUUGGGCCAGGACUUAAGGGACAAAGUGUCUGAAAUCAAAGUGCACACUACCAAGACCAGUGGUCACCCCACUUUACGGGUCACCAUGCUUUCUAAGCACAGACACGGAGAAAUCAUUGGUGCUUCCUGGGAAUUCAACAUCAGUGAGAAUUAUUCCUUCAUCUUGGACCUAAAGACUAUGAAGUGGAAACCACAGGACAUCAUGAAAGAAUGGAAAGAUGAUGAGACAUUAAUGAAACAUCUGAAUUUGUCCAUAGUAGAAUGCAGUCAGAAAUUCAAUGAAUUCUUAAAUCAGCAUGAGGAAAGAACAAGAUCAAGAACAAGGGCCCCAGAUAUCACCCAGCCUCCACCUACCAGCCAGGUUCCUUAUAAGGAAUUAUUGAUCCCCGUGUGA